UGCUCUGGAGAGUCGGCGCAGCCAUUCCGGUCAGGAAGAUGACGGCCCCUGGGGCGGAGCCGCCAGUACUGGUACAAUACUUGGUCCUGCGGAAGGAUCUGUCGCAGGCGCCGUUUUCCUGGCCUGCAGGAGCGGUGGUCGCGCAGGCUUGUCAUGCAGCCACCGCGGCCUUGCACCUUCACCGCAACCACCCGCACACCGCAGCCUACCUCGAGGAGCUGGGGCGCAUGCGCAAGGUAGUCCUGGAGUUGCCCCAAGUCCAAACUGGGAAAGACAACAAAAGAACAGACAAGACAAACAAAACACAGAACAAGACACAGGGGACCAAAAACCAGGUUCCUGAUGAAACCACCUUGAAGGAGCUGGCUGAGACCCUGCAACAGAAGAAUAUUGACCAUAUGCUGUGGUUGGAGCAGCCAGAGAAUAUUGCCACUUGUAUUGCACUCCGGCCAUAUCCCAAGGAAGAAGUGAGCCAGUAUUUGAAGAAGUUCCGACUGUUCAAGUGACUGCUGCUUUGGUAGAGUUGAAUGUUAUCGGGGUCUAGAAGUUAUGUGCCCUCCAUCCAGAAUCGUGUACUCCACUCAGUAGCAGUUUUGGCAGUUUCUUGAGAGUCAAGCACAAAUUCAAAUUAAAGGAAUCAUUAAUAA